AUGGACUUCUCCACAGGGCUCUACACUCUCUCCUCAUGCCUUGCUCAUGAGUAUCACUUUGUGAAAAUGAAUAAGAACUGGACUGAAGCACAGAGAUACUGCAGAGAGAAGUACACUGACCUGGCCACCAUAGACAACAUGGAGGAUAUGAAGAGGCUGGUCAACACUGUAGACCGUGGUUAUAAUGGAUCAGCCUGGAUAGGGCUGUAUAAUCAAGUUAACAGCUGGAGGUGGUCUCUGGAAGAUAGUGGUUUCUAUGGAGAUGGAGAGGCUGAGUUUAGGAACUGGGACAGUUCAGAUGUUAAAAACACUGAUCAGCACUGUGUAGUGACAGGAGAUCAGGGGACAUGGUGGGAUGACGGUUGUAACAUAAAAUACAACUCGGUCUGCUACAACGGUGAGAACAUGUUACUCUUUGUUCUAUUUACAGCUCUGUGUUUGUACUAUCAGAACAUGUAAAAAUAGGAAAUAAUUAUAACAUUAUCAUAACUUCACAUACUCUAACAUGCAUAUGCAGUGACACUAUAUAAACAUUACUGAAAACAAGUAUAGAUUUCUUGUGAAAUAUUUACCUGGACAUCAAGAUGCAUUCAACAAUUGCAGGAAACACAACCAACAUUUCUGAGAGGUUCAUCUUGUCAAAGGAAAGUAUGACAUGGGAGGAAGGGCAGAGCUACUGCAGACAGCACUACACAGACAUGGCCAGUGUGAGGAACCUGGCUGAGAGCCAGAAGAUAGGGAACAUGUUACCGAAGGAAAGCUGGGCGUGGAUCGGCCUGUUCAGAGACUGGAGCUGGUCGGACCAGAGUAACUCUUUAUUCAGAUACUGGCAUACAGGAACACCCAAUAAUCGCUACGGGAACUGUGUGUCGGUGUUCGGUAAAUCAGGCGAAUGGACAGACUACACAUGUGAGACAAAACUUCCCUUCUGUUGCUACAGUGGUGAGUUAUAUGAUAUAGUGUGUGUGUGUGUUGGUGUGUUUCUGUGUGUGUCACUGGCAUAGCGCUGUUUCUCUGAACAUCCCCCUCCAAAAAACUCUAAUGCGUCAGCCACUCACAAAGUAUAGCCUACCGAUCGCUGUCCAUGGUUCUGAAAUUGCAACGUCCACACGGCUGCCUAUCGAUAGGCUAUUAGAUUAUGUGGUGCUAGUGCUUGUAGUUGGUGUGGAUGGGUGGGCGUAUAAUGCAAAUGACUAGGAACUAAGAUUGCGUGUUCGAAUCUCAUCACGGACAACUUUAGCAUAUUAGCUCAUUAGAAACAUACUACUUUUUAGCUAUUUUUGCAACUACUUAGCUAAACCUUCCCAUAACAUUUUAACCUAACUCCUAACCUUAACCCUUAGCCUAGCUAACGUUAGAGUUAGCCACCUUGCUAACAUUAGGCCCAACAAAAUGUAAUUUGUAACAUAUUCGUCUCCAAAGCCUCAUACACUACCCACCACUGUGACCUGUACGCUCUUGUUGGCUGGUCCUCACUACAUAUUCGUCGCCAAACCCACUGGCUCCAGGCCAUCUAUAAAUCACUGCUAGGCAAAUCCCUGCCUUAUCUUAGCUCAUUGGUCACCAUAGCAACACCCACCCGUAGUAUGCGCUCCAGCAGGUAUAUCUCACUGGUCAUCCCCAAAGCCAACACCUCCUUUGGCCGCCAUUCCUUCCAGUUCUCUGCUGCCAAUGACUGGAACGAAUUGCAAAGAUCUCUGAAGCUGGAGACUCUUAUCUCCCUCACUAACUUUAAGCAUCAGUUGUCAGAUCACCUUACCGAUCACUGCACCUGUACACAGCCCAUCUGAAAUUAGCCCACCCAACUACCUCAUUCCUAUAUUGUUAUUUAUUUUGCUCAUUUGCACCCCAGUAUCUCUAUUUGCACAUCAUCUCUAGCACAUCUAUCAUUCCAGUGUUAAUACUAAUUGUAAUUAUUUUGCAUUAUAGCCUAUUUAUUGCCUUACCUCCAUAACUUGCUACAUUUGCACACACUGUAUAUAUAUUUUCUGUUGUAUUUUUGACUUUAUGUUUUGUUUUACCGCAUAUGUAACUCUGUGUUGUUGUUUUUAUCGCACUGCUUUGCUUUAUCUUGGCCAGGUCGCAGUUGUAAAUGAGAACUUGUUCUCAACUGGCUUACCUGGUUAAAUAAAGGUGAAAAAAUAAAAUAAAAAAUAUCAUACGUUUUUCUAAUUAUUCAUGUAUUGUACGAAUUGCAAUUCUUAACAGUGUACAAAUUGUAAUUCGUAACAUAUCAUACACAAAUUAAUACAUACCAUACGAAACGUCACAUAUCAUACUAAUUGGAGUGUACCAGAUUUACAUUUACUAUGUUACGUUUACCCCUGAGUCCAGGUUGGUCGUAGCCUAUAGCAUUCCUUUAAUGGUUACAUUUAUUAUUAUUUGGUUGUAAUUGUCUCAUGUUAAGCCUAACGUUUAUGUUUCACUAAGCUAUAGCCGUACGGUGUCGCAAUAUUGCUAUUUAGAAUGUUGGUUGGCGUCAAUAAUGUAUUUACUUAUUCAGUAUUUAAAGUGGGAAAAUCAAGCAUUGCAGAUUGUAAAAUUAAUUUUCAAUGAAACAGCAUACUAAUCAGUAACCAAUAUAUUUUCUUUAGAAUAUACCACUGUCCUGUAGGCCUAUAGCCUAUCUUAGCUGCCCUCUCGCUCGCUCGCAGCUUGGAUAGAAAGUUUGUGCUGCAUAAAACCAGUCUAUGAAUGCCAAAUAAUACAAUCAGUCCACCAUCAAAACAAUAGCUUACUAGGGAUUGUUUCAUUAUGCAGACAAUGCAGUCUAGCCUACUAGCCUAUCUAUAGCUACUGUAAUUUACCCUUUGACUUUACCAAAAAUGUCUCAACCCCUACAAAAAUGUCCAUUAAUUAAAAUCCAGAUAAUAAUUCACAUUUCCUGUUGCUGCAGGAUUAUUUUCCUGCUGUAGCAAACUGGCUCAAAUUAAGAUCCUACAUCUAUCUGUCUCUGUUAGUCUUAGUGAAGAAGACACAGCAGGUUGUGAGAGUGAAGCUGACCCCAAAGGACCAGAACAUGGACCUGACUGAUCCUGCCGUACAGGAGGCCAUCUUGCAGCAGGUGAGUCUCACAUUCUCUUCCUCUUAGAGCAGGGUUACCAAACCCUGUUCCUGGAGAGCUACCCUCCUGUAGGUUUUCGCUCCAACCCCAGGUGUUACUAACCUGAUUCAUCUUAUCAACCUGCUAAUUAUUAGAAUCAGGUGUGCUAGAUUAGGAGCUCUCCAGGAACAGGGUUGGGCAGUCCUGUCUUAGAGAGAUUAGAGCCACUUUAGUACAAGUGAUAAAGGGUUACUGCAUUAUCUGGCCAGAAUAUAUACCAUUGACUACAGAUUUACCUGUCAUCUAUAACGACCAUUACAACUACAUCUUAUGUACUUAUUCAUAAUGUAUAUGACUACAUAUCACUGAUGCUAUAAUGUCUUAUGCAGCUGUUAUAAAGGCUUUCUGAAUGAGGAAUACAGUAAAGUGUUAGCCAGUACUGGCUGCAUAUUCGCUACACUAGUCAGUAAACAAAAUGCUGUUUGUGUUCCUCAGAUAAAGAAGGAGCUGAGGGAGAAGGGGAUGUCUGAUGACAUCAAACUGAGAUGGAAGGAGCAGCCCGAUGGAAAGAUCUUCCACAAGGAAGAAAAGGAGAAGAAGUAAGGAGGAGAAACUGAAUCGAGUAUCAAGCUGGAACUGUAAAUACUAUUACAGGAGAGACUAAGGGGACUUUUCUGACCAACAUCCCAUUGACAGUCAGACUAGCCAAAACCCUAAAACUAACCCUUACCGUAACCCUAACCUUAACCAACCCCUUAACCCUAACCCAACCUUAACUUCCCCUAAUUUUAACCAAUUUCGAAACUAAA